AUGCCACUCACAAAAUCAUCUUCGGCCAUUGAGAUUGUACCACCUUCUAGAAACAAAUCAUCUCAAAAAUCGCAUCAUUCACAAACUUCAAGUUACAGUUCAAAUUGUAGCACAUCCUCGAAUACGAUCUCGAGAUCUUUGAGUUCCUCCAGCGCAUCAGAUGAAUGGUCAUAUGAACCUGCAUCAUAUUCAAAUAAGGAGAAAAAUGCACACAAUUCGAAUACCUAUCAUACGUGGGAAGCGAAAGGUCCAAAUAAGAAUUAUUCUGGAAACUCUGAACUGAGUAAACUUUAA